CGCCAGUGCCAGGGCGGGGACGGUGCGGCGAGCGGCUGCAUGGCGCGGGGAGGAGCCCGGCGGACGGCGGCCCUGGGCCUGGCGCUGCGGCUGCUGCUCGGCCUCGGACUGGGCCUGGAGGCCGCCCCGAUCCGGUUCUUGGUCCACAGACCAGGCUCGUGCCCGCCCACCAACUUCCAGUGCCGCACCAGUGGCUUCUGCCUGCCCCUCCCUCUGCGCUGCGAUGGCGACAAGGACUGCCCAGAUGGCAGCGAUGAGGAGUGCAGCAUCAAGCCUUGCGCCCAGGACGGACAGUGCCUGCCACCCACUGGCAGCCCCUGCCCUUGUGACAGCGUCGAUGACUGCCCUGAUGGCAUCAACCAGAGCGCUCAUCACAACUGCAGUUACCAGCCCUGCCCAGAGGGGGAGCUCCACUGCGUGGGGAGCAGUGACUGCAUCCCGCGCACCUGGCUCUGCGAUGGCCAUUCGGACUGUCCCACCUCCAGCGACGAGCUUGGCUGUGGAACUAAGACACCCCAGGAGGGGAAUGUCACAGCGACGGGGAUCCCUGUGACCCUGGUCACUGUCCCUGAACUCGGGAAUGCCACAGCCACCUCCGUUGGGGACCAGGACUCAGUCCAGUCUGGAAACCGAAGCGCUUGUGGGGUUAUUGCCGCUGCCGUGGUGCUGAGCGCAGGCCUGGCUGCUAUCUGCCUGUUCGUGUUGUCCCGGCUCUGGGCCCGGGGGCGCCUGACCCGCCUGGGGCUGCUCAUGGUCGUGAAGGAGUCCCUGCUGCUGUCAGACAGGAAGACCUCACUGCUCUGAGGACCAGCUGCUGCCCACACACCGCCGGGGCCCCUGGUGGGGCCGCUUCUGGCCGUGCAGCACUGUGGACCUGAGCCCCUGCACAUGUGGCCCUGGAGGCCACGGGCACCUGGACGCUCGCCCUGGACGCAGGAAGCCUGGCCGGGGGAACACGCUGCAGCGGGGACUCAGGGCUGGCCCCGAGAUGCUCCUGGGAUGGCCCCAACUGACACACUCCUGCCUCUGUCUGAGGGUGGUGAUUAAAGUUACUUCCAUCCUCUGCUGCC